GGAAGGACCAAGAUGGAGGCGCUCAGUCCUGCGCCCGCGGUGGCUGCCGGAGGCGAAAAAACUCGGGGUUCCGCGGUCCGCUCCUCAGAGGUGACCCCGCAGAAAGUCCGGCAAUUGAUAGACGAAGGAAUCGCCCCCGAGGAUGGAGGCUCGGAUGUGGAGGAUACACCUGCCUUGUCCCAGUCAAUUAAUGGAUCACCUCAAGCAGAAGAACCUCCUUUGGAAUCUACAAGCAAAGAAGCCUUCUUUAACAGAGUAGAAACAUUUACUUCCUUGAAAUGGGCAGGCAAACCCCAUGAGCUGUCUCCCCUGGUCUGUGCAAAGUAUGGUUGGGUCACAGUUGAAUGUGACAUGCUCAGGUGUUCAAGCUGUCAGGCUUUCCUGUGUGCCAGCCUGCAGCCAGCAUUUGACUUUGACAGAUAUAAUGAAAGAUGUGCCGAGCUGAAGAAAGCUUUGUGUACUGCUCAUGAGAAGUUCUGUUUCUGGCCAGACAGCCCCUGCCCAGAUCGUUUUGGAAUUUUACUACUGGAUGAGCCUGUUGCCCUUCUUAAUGAGUUCUUAGAUCGUUUUCAAAGCCUCUGUCACCUGGACCUCCAGCUGCCUUCCCUGAAACCUGAUGACUUGAAAAAUAUGUGCCUGACUGAGGACAAGAUCAGCCUUCUUUUACACCUGAUUGAAGAUGAACUUGAACACAGGAGCGAUGGGGAAAAAGCUCCAGCCCAGUUGGGCUCCGACAUCCAAGUCCCUGUCACUGCCUGUGUCCUGGCUCUCUGUGGCUGGUCAUGUAGUUCUUCCUUGGAGCCUGUGCAACUUUCUCUAAUCACAUGUUCACACUGUAUGAGAAAGGUGGGGCUUUGGGGCUUCCAGCAGAUUGAAUCUGCCUUGGCUGAUCUGGAUGCUUCCUUUGGCCUGACGAGCACUCCUAUUGCUGUCCCUGAAGGGCGACCGGAGCGUUUUCCUUUGUCAUUAGUGUCUCCACGGAGAAUGGUGACACGCAGCCAGGAUGCCACAUUUUCCCCUGGCUCUGAACAACUGGAAAAGAGUCCAGGUCUCGUCAUCUCCCGAACACGGAGCUGGGACUGCUCCAGUCCUAUUGAUCGCCUUGAGCCAGAGGCUGCCAGCCACACCACCAGAAGCCGCCCAGUGACCCGAAGUAUGGGGCAGGGAGAUAGCACUGGGUUGGAGGUGCCAUCUAGCCCUCACCGAAGAGCCAAGCGGGCACGCCUUUGUUCUUCUAGCAGUUCAGACACAUCUGCCAGAAGCAUUUUUGAUCCAGUUUCACAGCACCGAGACUGGUGCCCCUGGGUCAAUAGCACGCAGAUGGAAGUAGCCAGAGAGGAUUAUGAGAAUGAGUUAGCUACGUGCACACCAGCAGAAUCAGGCUGGAAGGCCGUGCUACACAUCCUCUUGACUCACAGACAGUCUAACCUGCCAUCUGAUACAGACUCAACGAGUCUCUCUGAGAAAUCAAGGAAAGUAUUCCGAAUAUUCCGGCAAUGGGAGUCUAUGUGUUCAUCUUGAAAACAUUCCAUCCCCUUCAUAGAGAGAAGCAGAAAGAGAAAUAUGCCCCCGGACAAGAAAACCUGAACCCUUUUGGGAUCAGUGAUGCUAACAGGGUUUUUUACGAGCUGGUUUAAUCACAAGGGAAACCAACUGUUGUAAAAGGGAAUAAAUGUCACCCAUAUCCAUCUGCCUGAGCAGACCUCUAUCCGCAUGGUUGGAGAAGAGUAGGAUAUGACAGUCUUACAGGGGCCCUACUUUGCUUAAAAAGUAUUACCAUUGUAAGACUGUCCAGAACAUCAAGGAGAUGAGUGCUCCGUUUAGUGCCCAGUGUGGGGGAGGGGGGCUGUGUUGGAAUGACUCUUAAAUUCCAAAGGUUGUGAAAAAAUGUCAGGAGUAAUAAAGAAUUUCAUUAUGAUUUUUUUCUUA